GAUGGUUGCUGAGAGUGGUAGAGUACUAGAGACAAAAAUAUCUUCAUUAUAUUUCCAUAACAAGAACAAUCUACUCCUUCCAAAGGAUUCUUAGUGCUGGAGGCGUUGUUUUCCUGCGCUGCGUCAUCCAUGAUGCAGUGCAGCAGAUUUGGUAACAACAAGAGUACUUCUACUUCUACAAGUAAUCUGAAUCUGUUUUGAGAACGUGUGGCGGGUCCUCCACCUAGUUUCUCUAAAGACGAACAACAACAUUUCAGAUGAACUAGAACACUUAAGAAGAUCAUAAAGAUUCCACUCACAUUGACUUUGACAUUGGUUUUCUAUGAUCAUGUCUUUUUUUUAUCAUGAUAGUCCUCGUCCGUGUGAUUGCGUGUGGUAUCGACCGCAAGUCCAACUACGAGCAGAACGAACCCCCACAUCUUCAAUUUAGUGCAAUCGCAAAGCGCCCGUUGUAGCACAUCAUGUACCAGCAUCACAUCAUCAUAGAGCAUCACCAUCAACAACGACUUUCAUCUGACGUGGUCGAAGAAACGAACGAGGACCUACUCAGGAGUAGUCACUAGUGCAAGACAAGGAAGAAGAUAGAAGUAGUUACUUUGACGAGUAAGAGUAAGUAAUAAAGACUUCUCGUCCUUACUUAGUACUCGUAGUCCUGCUCCAGCAGGUCCAGCACCUCGAGGAAGAUGAUCCUGUUGCCAGCGGCGUUGCAGAGCUUUGUGUAUUCGCUUGUGCUCAAACUAAUGCUCCCCUUUCUGGCGUUGGCAGCUAUUGGGUACUGCGAACGCAGGAGAAUUGAGAAACAAAAAGAAGCUGCGAAGCACGAGGAGCAGAUGGACAGCGGGGACGCCUCUUCUACCAAGAGCCUCGAAAAGCAGCCGCGUCGGCCAACACUGGCAUGUCUUUUUUCAGGAAACCUGUUUGGAGCUGUCGAGAAGAAGGCUGGUACUACCUGAUCUCUCUUUUUGUAUCAUGACAGUACAACUCCUUACUUUUUCCUCUUCUUAUCAACUAGGUUUUCUUCUUCUUAUCAACUAGUACAGUUUUCCUCUUCUUAUCAACUAGUACACAGUUUUCCUCUUCUUAUCACCUAGGUGUUGUAGCCCUUCAUGCAAUCUAUCAUGACAGUACAUGAUCUCUCUUUGUUCAUCUAUCAUGAAAGUACAUGAUCUCUCCCUUUUUCUACAUGAUCUCUCUCUGACAGUACUAGAGCAGCAUGAUGUUCUCAUCAAGCAUUGAGUUGUUAGUAUUAUACUUAUAGAUAGAAGCAUAUUUUUUGCUUUUAGUUCUAAACAUGAUCCCAUACAUCAUCACCGUGCAGCUACAGGGAAAAGUCGAGGCGGCCCUGUCAAACAGAUGAAUGUUGGAGGCCUCAGAGGAUGGCGGUUGGUUCGUGUCGCGCUUAACAUCUGCGAUAUCGCAUAUGGGUCACUUUUUCUGGCCAUUGUCAACUACCUAUUUGGAUUUCUCUUAUGAUGAAUGGUCGUGACUGUGACAUAGAGAUAGACUACAACAACAUAUUUGACCUCAGACAGUCUACAUUUAUAGGGGCAAUUUGCAUUACUCUCGAUCUCUCGCUCGUCCUCGCCCUUUCUUCAUAUCUGGACGAUGUUGAUAAAUGAGAACAAUAUGUUUCUAUUUCAUCCACCCUCCUCGUACUCGUAGACUUGUCGUUAUCCAUUGUUCGUUUCUUUCUCGUGAACCAACACAACCUCCUAGAAUUAUUCAUGACCGCUCUAACACCCUGGUUGCAAAGUGACGAACGGCUGAAGGACGUCGCGGAUGGUGGAGAUGGAGCUUCUGAGGUUCCUGACUUUCCAGCAGACUGGGUCGAAUCUAUAGAUCGUCCUGCAAAAAACAAGGGUGGGAAAAACAAGAACCGAGCCUCAGGAGCCGCUAAUAGGUCUACGUCUUCGACAUCCAGUACAACUAGCAGAAGCACACAACAUGGUAGUUGUACUUCUAGUAGUUCUAGUAAACAUCAUUCGAUACCAAGUGGGAAAGGGAAGGACAAGGAGAAGGAGGAACAAGACAACGACAACUACAGGCAAGACAACGCUUCAUCUAAAAGGCUGCAAGAAGCAUCAAAGAGUGGAACCAGUAAAUCUGCGAGAAACAAGACUGUAAAAAGUGAAGGAGCCGCUAACGAGGACGUUGAAAUUUUAUUAAUGGGUCGUGAGUCUUCUGCUUCGAUCGCGAGCGAAGAUGCGAAGAACGAGAAGAAGUUCAAGAACGAAGAUGCGUCGUCGAAGGACGAGUUGGAGGACGUCAGCAAGAAGGAUGCGGCCUGCUCGAAGAUUAUAUCAGAGCCAACAAAUAAUACGUCCACAAUGCGUCCACAAAGCUCGUCCACCUCCACUUCAUCGUCGUCCAACUUCGGUGGUGGUGGAGGCGAUGAAGACGACAACAUCCAGGACGACGCGUGUCCUUCAACUCCAUCCCUGGAUGUAGUAAGCAAGAAGAAAGCGAACAACGCCAAGGCGAUGAAUAGGUCGUCGUGGAAGAUGAAUGUGCUGAAAGGAGCAGCUGCAGGGGGUCCUUCUUCUAUUCAAGAAGAGUUUUAUAGUCAGGUACUCGUACUAGACCAAAGUACAGGAGGAGCUGGAGCAGGGCAAGAAAAUGGAGACCACAAACACAAAGUCAAAGAGAAGAAGACAAACAAGCUGAAAGAGCACAAUAUUGAGGAAAACAACAAGAAGGUUGCACAACAACAGAUUGUACGAGAAUCUUCACAAACAAAAUCACCAGAUGAUGCAGAUUCUACGUCUUCUUCGAGCUUAGAAGAUGAAGAGGUUUUGCUUCAGUUCAACAAGACAAGGAGAGCUGGUGGACUACAACAUGGCGAUCAACAUCACGUGCGUGGAACAACGCCACCCAGACAGCUGACUUUUCGUGGUAGUAGGCAAAAACGCGCAGGUGGCGAAAUUCCUAUUCCAAGUUUAGCAGCUUCCUAUAGUCCGAGUCCCCCAGCACCAGCAACAAUGCAGAUCUCCCAGAUACAGUGUGAGCAGAUGAACACGAAGACUCCUACAACUUCUACCCUUUUGUCGAGGACACCUGAACUCAUAGUCUAUAAUACGCAAACGGUGAACACAAGCACCCCUCUAGGCCAUUUUGCACAUGAAAUCGACGACCAGAACCUUUCGACGGCAAUGAAAAUGAUUGUUCCCUCCUCACGGUCAAGUAGUGCGGUGAAUGUUAUAGAUACGACGGCUUUGUUUGUGCACGCGGAUGUGGUUUUGGAGGAUACGCGCACACCGGAAGGACUAAGUAAAGGCGCUGCUUACAACGCAUCUAGGGAAGAGCAAGAGAAGACACAAAUUAUGGAUGUAGUUGGUGGAGUUUUUUGGGUCUGCUUCUGCUCAACAUAUUUUCAACAAAGUUGUAGGUGAGAUGAUGAUAUCGACACAUCAACACUACAAUCUCUAACAAUGUAGAUAAAAACAAAACCACCGUUGGAAAUUCGUCAACGAUUGUCCUUGAUAUGCAUGAAAUUGCGCCAGCAGCAACGCCACCACCUGUGGAUCAUCAAGAUCCUGGUUCUAGAGGCUCCAGAAGCAGACACAAGCAUAUGACGGCUUCAGUUAAGGCUCGAUACAAGUCAUUUCCAAGGGGCACUUUCUUCGGUUCUUUUCGUCUUCGAAUUCUGAAGAAAUGAAGGCAAGAAGUGAAUUGCUUCGAGCUCUAAGUCAGGGGGACGGAACAACAAGAAUAACGAACAAAUUGGUGGUUCCACUUCUUCUACAACAUCACUCUAUGCGGCCUCAACAGCGACACCUCCACCUCCAGGGAAAUUGAACGACGAAGACGCGACUUCGACGACCUGUGCUACGACUACGACGACUGCCACAACCCCUGUGUACGACUCUGGCGGAGGUAGUGUUGUCACAGCCACAGGUGGACAUCAAGGAGAACUCGAAAUUCUUACAACCUCCUCCGGUGGUGCUACAAGAACUUCUUCGUCGUCCGCUUCUACAGGAGGUGGAGCAUCGACGUCUCAUGGAUCAUCUGGUAAAAUGCAGCAAGAACCAAUGGUGCUGGAGCUGAACAACUUGCUGGAUCCAGCAUUGUCGCGUACGUCAACGAAUGGCAGUGCUAGCUCUUUGCGCACUGUUUCCAAAAGGUCUAGGAGUUCCUGGGCUGAUCAAACUCUAUUGGAUGACGACGAGGACUUGAUGUUGCUUGACUUGCGGAUACCACCACCAAGAAACCUAGUUCAAGAAGACGACAAGAAAGUUGUUCAAUAUGAUCCUUCUGCUGCGUUGCGAAGUGCUGCUAGGCGUGCGGGAGAGGUUGAGACUACGUCAACUUCCGGCACAACACCAAGUUUACCGAAUCCGAAUACAGUAUCUGCCCCAUCUGCUCGUCCUGGUGGAGGUUUGUUCACCGGACGUGGGACGCCUGUGGUGUUACAAAGAGGAAUGCCUUUGGACAGUGUGGUGAGCAGCCCACAAAAACAGGGUCAUCAUGGUGCGUCGUCUGCUCACCAAGUCAGCGACAAAGUGUUUGUAAAUCAACAACAUCAAGAACAAGGUCAACAACAUAGCUUUACUUCUAUGAUGCCUCUACCACUCUAUCAACAGAAGAACUUCACGAACAUCCGAGAAGAGGAGGAUAGUUUCCGGCAAGUUGAGUACUCUGACGACGACGAUAUUCCUAUGCGCGUGGUCAGGGAUUCUCGUAGUCCUUCGCCAAACAAGCCGCGCAAAUUUUCCGACUUAGCGCCUUGUUCCGCAUGGUCUUCGCCAUCCAAGGCGCGAUCGUCGACUCCCCAGUUGCCCCCGAAAGUUAAGGGUAGGAACAAAUAUUUUGAAUAGUAGGACGAGAGUAAUCUGGGUAAGCCAAAUUCUAAAAGAUGGUUUAAAAGAUGGCAAGAUGGUACCCCUAAGUAGAUCUUGUUUGAUAUUAUUAAGGUAACCUUACUGUUGAUGUACUGGAAGAGGACUUAAAUCAAAUCAGCAUGUUUUGUGAUACUUUUGAGCUCUAACGAAUGCGGCAAUAGCGGCAACAACAUGAUCAACCUACAAGCAAACGGUACGAUCCUCAACGCAGCUCUGAAUGGCAGUUAUGUUUAUGAUGGAAAAAUUUGUCGUGCUAGAGGAGAUCAUCCAGCAAAUCGAUCAAAAUGAUGUUGAUCUUCAUCGUUUUCGUUAUUCUUGAUCACAUGCUUGUUGUCCUGCACACUACUGUAACAUCACAGGUGGGAUUCAUGGCUACACUACACAUAUUACUUUUAGUGGCAGACAGACAGUAAAAUUGAAUUCGCUAGCUGACGUACUAUUUGCUUCUACAACGCACAAAGGUUUAUCUUUCUGAUUAGCAUUUUUGACAUAAAUACAGAUUUAGAUACUUCGCUUUCAUGACAAUGGCGCACCAGCUCAACCGCAUUCGUCUCGCGCCUCUACCCCAACAGGUGGCAAUUCUAUGAGCAGAAGCAGCCUUACAGCAGACAUCAGACCACCUUCUUCUAGUGCCUUGUCUAGUUCGUCCGGGAGAGGGGCUGCCCCACCGCGACCACCAUCGCUGAACUCACACACUGCGACGCUUAGAAGUUCGACUUCGAGUGGCGGGGCGUUUAUUCCUGCUGGCAGAAAACAUCAAGUGCCUUUAGCCGCGCCAGGUGGAUCUUCCUCUUCCGCAACAGGAGCAGUGCUGGUAAAAACGAGAACGAAGUCAUCUUCAUCUGGAGGGGCGACGCCUGGAACAACUGCCACACCCGGAGGACAGAAUAACAAGAAGGGAGCGACGCCACGUGGUCCUGGAGCGACAAUGUUUCCUCCUGGAGCGACAAUGUUUGCGGCACUAGCAGAAGAUCACGAUGACGAUGAGUCCUUAGCAUCGGUUUCUGUGUCUCCUUCCAGCACUUCUUCUAUUAAGAGGACUUGCCGUGAUUCAUCUUUCGAGGCAUCCCUGACACGUUUUCAAGGGGGAAAUACGUCAAAGAUGACUUCCAAGAUGAAUUGUUCUAUUAAGCUCUAACUCUAGGAGUGCAAGGAAGAGGAACAAGAAGAAAGCAGGGACGAAUCAAGGAGCAUCAAGUGGUAGUCCAACUCCAUUGAAGAAAAACGAUACUGAUACAGUGAUGAAUGGUGCUCAUACAGCUGGAACUGUUGUAUCUUCAACAUGUACUACGACAACUACAAGGCAAGACCACAAUGAGCAUGAGGAACAACAUCAUGAUGAGAUCCCCGAAGGACACCUUCGGCUUCGAGCUCGAGGAGGGCAAUCUUCAUCUUCAGAUGAGCAAGCUGCUAGUACUGCGGAGCUUCUUCAGUCGCAUGAUAGCCAGACGACUUGCCAAACAGUCCAAGAAGGGGAAAAAGAAGAAGAAGAAGAAGAAGAAGAGCCGACUAUCGACGUAACCGUAUUCAACGAAGACCCAGAUGAGUGGAACGUGCGUGAAUCCGAGACGAUCGAACUUCCUUUGACUCUAGUCUUAGAAUGCACGCGGUUGCGGACGCGAGUGCGCUUUCAGGGAGAGGACCAGAUGUCACCUAGCAAAAGACAGGAGCUGUAUGAGAAGUACAAGCUGGUGGAGGACGUAGUUGUUGAUACUGAUAGCACUCGUCCUAAAAAUGAUACAGUAGCUGCUGCUGUCGUGGGCGUGGCAGAGAGCAGUAAGCCUACAAGUCCUCGAGCAGAUCAAAGCAGGACUCCGAACAAAAAGAACAAGCGACAAGCAGGCAAGGGAAAAAACAAAAUCGUCGGCAAUAAGGAUGGGGUACUCUUCUAUGAUGAUAAUCCUGAUUGCGACGCUGUCCCGGCUGUUGUAGUACUAUCAUAGAUCUUGCCUGCGUAUAUCGAAAUACCAAUACAGUUCCAUUUCGCUCUAUCCUUGCAUACAUGAAAAUGAAUCACGAAUUUCUCGAUCUACUACAGGCCUCCACAGUCGACCGGAUGCUGGAGGACUGCAUCCAAUUGAACGCGGUUAAGGCACAAAGCGACGCUCUCCAGAAGCGCCGAGAAUGGUCUUUGGCUUUCGCCGCGUUGCUGAUUCGUGGAGGUCUGCCUGCCGUCGCUGCACUGAUAGAAACCGCUGGACUUUUCUGGGAAUCUUCAUGGCUGGGAAAAUUUGCAAACAGAAUGUUGUUCGGGAUCAUAGAGGAUGAAGUAGAACUUGCUUCUAGUCCAAGCAAAUCCACAGCAGCGUCGUCCCCAAGCAAGAGCACUGCGUCUAGUCGGGGAGGUAGUCCUUUCUCAUCGCCUCAAAAAGAGAAGGAAGAGAGAGAGAGGGCAUCUUCCACUUCUUCUGACAACAACAAGGAUGAAGACAAGAACAAGUUCUUGCCGAAAUUCGACAUCGCGAAAGCUGUAUUAGCCGGAGAGUUACUUCUCGAAGUGGACACGACCACGCAGCACUGGCCCGACUUGAGUUUUAACGUUCUAGCACAGCUCACCUACUGGUACGACAGGCGUGCUAUUGACUCACGUGCGGCUAAGGAGAUAGUCGAACAGGGCGGUCGAAAGGCGGACAGCAAAUUGGGAAGAUGGACUACGAAAAUUUCGAGAGAGAAGAUCAUUUACGGUGCUGUGGCGACUGAAGCGGUAGAGGUUGAUCUUGAUGGAGCAGCAUCGCCUGUGGUUCCACCUGGAUCAACAGCAGAGCAAAAUCUAACAAAACGGCAAGUCAAGAGACAAAAAGGCAAGAACAAAAAGAACAACAAGCAAGGUGCUGGAGGUGCAGCAGCUGGUCUUGGUCAACCUCAAGCUCAACAGAGUGCUAACGCCGAAUUAGAACACGCAGUGGACCACGAUGAACCCCAAGAACAUGUUGAUCCUGAACUCUCCACCGAAGCCCUUCUCGCCAGACCUCAUCUAGGCCAGAAAGGAGCUUCUAAGAAAACCCCUAAUGAGCUGUUCCGGCGACCACGAGGAGUCGAUGUCACACGGUUGCAGACGUUGCGGGAAGCCGCCCGUGUCGUAGGCCAUCCGGAGCUUGCCCAAAUCGUUGGCGACGCCAUCGAAAAGUUGAGAACUGAUAACUGCGCUCGUGUGCCGUUGCACGCCUUGAAACAGCACAAAACACGAGAUUCUUGCUGGAUUGUGAUCGAUCGGAAGGUGUAUGACGUGACACAGUUUUUAUCCAUGCAUCCAGGUGGCGAAGAAUUGAUAGUCAAAGCGGCAGGCUACGACGCAACGAAUGUGUUUGAGGCGACGCAUGGAGAGGGGUUGAGGUAAGAGACUUGUCUUCUGGUCAGUCAUCUAAGUUGUAAAUAGUUCAAGAAGUGAACUCGUAGAUGUGCAACAUCUAAGUAGCUUAUUCUUGUACUUGCUCUGCUUCUAUCAAUCUUAAUAAACUUCAACAUGAUUCAUGAUGUCUCCUCAUCAUCUCUUCAAAACCUCAUACAACGCCAGGUUCUCGUUGCGCAUCCUGAAUCAAUUUUUCAUUGGCUUCCUUGCGGACGAUGUGCAUCUUGACCCCUAUCCUGAUGUCGAUCCUCCGAGCGCAGAGUUUCUUAAGGUGCUUCGGAAGAUUACAACUGCGCUUCACCAAGUAGACGAGGCGAACGCGACGGGAGAGAACCAAAAAACAUACUAGCAGAACUGAACUAUGAUGUGAAUAAAACAACACUUUCUAAGAAAUCUUGAACUUCAUCAUGUAGACCUUAUCACAAAGACCAACAAUAUCCUCAUUUUCUGGCUCACCUGUAGGUCUGUGGAUAACCGUCUAUCCUUCUCCUAAUAAUAAUCUGCUGCCACAUAUGAACUCAGUCUCGUCUUACCCAAUACAAAUCAGAAAAUUUUCAUCCUUUGAGACGAAAAAUACUAAGAAAGUUACACGUUCUCCUGGAUACUUGAUUAUACUCAAGAUCAGACUGAUAGGUUAAAUAUAUUUAAUUUAUAUAUUUAUUGCACAAAGAAAUUAUUAUCAGAAUUGACGUUUACAUACAUGAAUGAUAAUAUGGGUGAAUGGUCAUCUCUUCUAGUAACAAGACGUAGCCCGUUUCCCGUCUUGUUGACAUCAUGUAAUAACCUGUACAAAUAAACCAAAAAAUAUGAGCUUCCGUACGAAACUUGUUAGAUUAAAAACUCUUGGGUACAACACGAAGACACCGUCCUUUCAGGAUUCAAUUCUGCGAUGCCGACGUACUCAUCUUUGACAAAAAUAGUCUUCAUUUUCCUCCAUAGGUUUAAGUUGUAUAGAUACUUAAGAAUUUUCUGCUCGCUGAUAGAUUUAUUGUGAAAGAAGAGAGCAAGAAGGCAGUCAUCUUGAAGGUGAUGGACCUUCCAGUUCCUUCUGCUCGUCUUCUUUUACUAGAUGAGUCAUCAAGGAGCUACCCCUCAACAACAUCCCUUGUUGUAUUAAUCCCGAUACUAGAAGUACAUUCUCCCCCCUUCCUUUCCUGACGACGAAGACCCAAGAAAAGCUUCACACGGCACCACGUUGUAUUCACUCAUAACAGUGAUACAGAAUACGACAAUUGUUGAACUCCGAAAUAAUCACAAAAGAUGAGAAGUCAGAGGACGCAGUACAACC